AUGCUAAAAAGGAUACCGAAGAUACUGGUGCUAAGAGAGCAAUUCGAGCACGCCGACGCCCAAUUCGUGCGGCAGCGCGUCGCCUUUGUAAGACUCCAGGCGGAUAUUGUGCAGUUUAUCGAAGUUGCUGUGGCACAAAGGACUCUGGAGCAAAGCAUUUCUCAGAUCACCCGCCUCAGCAAUGACCUGGUGCAUGAGUCGAGCAUUCUAACUGAAGGCGAACAGCGCACUGAAUCAAUUCGGGAGAAACUCAGUCAAGCGGAGUACAAGCUGUGGAGUUUGGAGAAGGCAUCCUUAGAGAGAUCAAACACUCCAGUUUCAUACUCUCAUUCGAAUUCUCCGACGGCUUCGCAAAGCGCUCUUUCAAAGGGCGAUGCUAGGAGGUCCUCUAAAGAGUCAGAUAAUCCUGAUGUCAGCGCUCUGUACGACCGUGCUGGAGAUUAUAAGAAUCUUAUGAUGAGACUUUAUAACUUGAAUGCCGAUCAGUAUAUCAAGGCGAAAACUCAAAAACUCCCGGUACAUGUGCUCGAAGAUGCCGAAUCCCUCGCCGACACUGAUAACUUCAAGGGCUUAUUCUUGGAGCGGGCGAAGCUAACUGAAGAAAUUUUAGCAACAAGAGAGGAAAUUAAUGUUCUGAAAGAGCGUUGCGUCGUCCAGGGGUUUGAUAUUAGUGAGCUGGAGGAUAUGGACAUGUUCGAUUAUCUGCUCCCUGGUGGCUCGGACCAUUCCCAUCGGCCUGGGCCGGAACAAUCAACACCGGAAACAAGAACACCGCAACAAGUUCUCAACAUUGGGACCGCCGCCGAAGCCGAAUUCCAAAUCCAAAAACUUCAAGCCACGCGAAUGAAGCGGUGGUUGGAAGAUGUUCGUGUAUCUACUUCAGAUACUGCUGGAUCGGAACAGAAAAAGGUUAGGAUUCCUACAAUGGAAGACCUCAACUCACUUAAAACAUCACCGACACCCCAAUCUAGCGAAAAUCGUCAUCUGUCCAGCACUGGGGAAGACAUACUCGAAAAGAUACCCUCUUUGUGA